AUGAACACUACAUUUCUAAGUUUUUCAGUCCUUCUCCUGGUGGUGCUAUCUCACCACCACUGCAAUGGCCUAAAAGAAGAUGACAAGAUCGAUAGGUUGCCGGGACAACCCUAUAAUGGGGUGGACUUCAACCAAUAUUCAGGUUAUGUCCCGGUUAAUCCGGAAGCUGGAAGAGCUUUCUUCUAUUACUUUGUAGAGUCAUCGGGAAAAGAUGCAUCAUGGAGGCCACUCGUAUUGUGGCUUACUGGAGGAGUUUUUUGCUCUUCAAUUGGGAUUGGAGCAUUCACCGAAAUUGGACCGUUCAGGGUGAACGAAGAUAGCAAAACUCUCGACCUCAAUCAAUAUGCAUGGAACCAAGAGGCCAACAUUCUGUUUGUUGACAACGAGGUGGGAGUUGGGUUUUCAUAUUCAAACACCAGUUCAGAUUACCAAACCUAUGAUUUCGCGGCUUCAAUUCCUGAUACUUACGCAUUCUUAGUCAGCUGGCUACAAAGGUUUCCCGAGUACAAAGACGCCGAUGUUUUUCUUGCCGGAGAAGGUUACUCUGGCAAUACUGCCAUCCAUCUCGGCCAAUUCAUUCUCCAGAAAUCCAAAUAUCCUAAUCAACAAAAGAUCAACCUUAAAGGAAUCGCCGUGGGAAAUGCGUUCAUUGACAAGGAAGCAGACUAUAAAGGAUUUAUAGAGUAUGAUUGGUCCCAUAACCUGGUAUCAGAAGAAAUCUACAUGGGAAUCAAAUCCAGUUGUAAUUUUAAUUUUUCAGAUAGCAACAACACCGGAUGGUCCGACAAAUGCCAGCAAUACUUGGACAUGCGGCGCAACAUCCUUAAGAACAUCAACGUAUAUGACAUUUAUUCCCCUUUGUGCAAUUCCACUCGAGGAUCCAAUCCUUAUGAAUACCAAGGACCUUGCUCUACUGAUUAUGUUUCGGAUUACUUUAACAAUCCUGACGUCCAGAUUGCUCUUCAUGCAAAUCUUACUGUUACACCUUAUCCUUGGAGCCUAUGCAACUACACCGGCAAUUGGAGUGAUUACCCCGACACCGCGUUACCAGCCAUCACCGAAUUGGUGGCACAAGGGAUUCAAAUUUUGAUUUACAACGGUGAUCUCGAUACAUUUAAUUCAAUUACAUCCGCCAAGUAUGCCAUUGACAAGUUAGGGUUAUCAAUAGUCACCCCUUGGUAUCAAUGGUACCACCAAAAUGAGGUGAGCGGCUUUGUGAUUGGAUAUGAAAACUUGGUAUUUGCGAGUGUGAGAGGAGGUGGGCAUUUUGUUCCAGCAUCUCAACCAGCUAGGGCUCUUGAGCUUUUUACUUCAUUCGUUACUGGACUCCUUCCACCCUCCAAAUGA